AGCCGGGCGUCUUGGCUCCCAGCAGAUCUCUCCCUAGAGUCAGGGGGGACAUUUCGUUCUAGCGGAGGAGGAGCCCCUGUGCGGGGGCUAGAGGUGCCCGGGGAGCUUCUACCCAGAGGACCGGGGGAUGCGAAGGGCUUCCCUCCUGCGGUCUCUUUCUCAGUCCCGUUGAGUCUGGCCUAAUCAAAGACUGAGGUUAUGAAGUCGAUCCUAGAUGGCCUUGCAGACACCACCUUCCGCACCAUCACCACAGACCUCCUGUAUGUGGGCUCGAAUGACAUCCAGUACGAAGACAUCAAAGGCGACAUGGCAUCCAAAUUAGGGUACUUCCCGCAGAAAUUCCCUCUGACCUCCUUCAGGGGCAGUCCCUUCCAAGAAAAGAUGACUGCAGGAGACAGUCCCCAGUUGGUCUCAGACCCAGCCAACCUCACAGAAUUCUUCAACAAGUCCCUGUCGUCCUAUAAGGAGAAUGACGAGAACAUCCAGUGUGGGGAGAACUUCAUGGACAUGGAGUGCUUCAUGAUCCUCAACCCCAGUCAGCAGCUGGCCAUCGCCGUACUGUCCCUCACACUGGGCACCUUCACGGUUCUGGAGAACCUGCUCGUGCUGUGUGUCAUCCUCCACUCCCGCAGCCUCCGCUGCAGGCCUUCCUACCACUUCAUCGGCAGCCUGGCCGUGGCAGACCUGCUGGGGAGUGUCAUAUUUGUCUACAGCUUCGUUGACUUCCACGUGUUCCACCGCAAAGACAGCCCCAAUGUGUUUCUGUUCAAACUGGGUGGGGUCACGGCCUCCUUCACCGCCUCUGUAGGCAGCCUGUUCCUCACCGCCAUCGACAGGUACAUCUCCAUUCACAGGCCACUGGCCUAUAAAAGGAUCGUCACCAGGCCCAAGGCUGUGGUGGCUUUCUGCCUGAUGUGGACCAUAGCUAUUGUGAUUGCCGUGCUGCCUCUCCUGGGCUGGAACUGUAAGAAGCUGAAAUCCGUGUGCUCAGACAUUUUCCCGCUCAUUGACGAAACCUACCUGAUGUUCUGGAUUGGGGUCACCAGUGUGCUGCUGCUGUUCAUCGUGUAUGCAUACAUGUACAUCCUCUGGAAGGCUCACAGCCACGCGGUCCGCAUGAUUCAGCGUGGAACCCAGAAGAGCAUUAUAAUCCACACAUCAGAGGAUGGCAAGGUACAGGUGACCCGGCCGGACCAGGCCCGCAUGGACAUUAGGCUGGCCAAGACCCUCGUCCUGAUCCUGGUAGUUUUGAUCAUCUGCUGGGGCCCUCUGCUUGCGAUCAUGGUGUAUGACGUCUUCGGGAAGAUGAACAAGCUCAUUAAGACGGUAUUUGCCUUCUGCAGCAUGCUCUGCCUGCUGAACUCCACCGUGAAUCCUAUCAUCUACGCUCUGAGAAGCAAGGACCUGAGACACGCCUUCCGGAGCAUGUUCCCCUCCUGUGAAGGCACCGCACAGCCCCUGGACAACAGCAUGGGGGACUCGGACUGCCUGCACAAGCAUGCCAACAACACGGCCAACGUCCACAGGGCUGCGGAAAGCUGCAUCAAAAGCACGGUCAAGAUCGCCAAGGUGACCAUGUCUGUGUCCACAGACACCUCUGCUGAGGCUCUGUGAGCCCAAGGCCUCGCUGGCAGCACUGGAAAAGAA